AUGGCAGACUUGAGAGCUCGACAGACGUCGGGCAGCUCGGUCGGCUCAGAGCAGCAGCUGGGACAACGGCCAGCGGCCGCACCGUGGUCACCGAGCUCAAGCUCACCCCGUUCAUUCGACAGUCCUCGCUUUGGAUCAAGUCAAGCGGUCUCAGAUGCAGCUCGCUCGCCUGAAUCCGCUUCAACGCAGUCGUUUGCUCGAACGAGUCAUGUCAGGAAGUCGCCAGCGAACGGACUGAGUCGCUCGCAGCAACAGACCACGCGACGUUCAGCAGGUCCCUUUGAGCCAGAGACCUAUCUGGCCAACUUUCUGCAGGAUGUGGGCGCUGCCUCAUUGGUACCUGGCCCCGCCCAAGGCAAGUUCUCCCAUUCGGCAGCCCGGGCUCGACGCAAGAGUCUGUCGACGUCUAGCUCGUCUGCACAUGGCGCACAGAGCCCGCCGCCCCAGCCCGGCAUACCCUCAGAUGAGCCGACGAUAGCACGACAUGUCGCCCGUGUCCAAGAAGAAAUUAUCUCGCUUCGGCUGGCCGCUCGCUCGCGCAUACAGAAAGCCUUUCCCGACUUUGUUGCGCAAUACCGAACGACUUUGGAGUUGCAAGAUCGUCUCGUGCGGCUCGACGCAGAGACGGAUGACCUAGCAGACCAGACAGAUGCAUUUGCACCGCGAUUGAUACAGACGCUACAACGGCACGCAGCGCUGCAAGAAGAACACUUGCGUGCAAAGACGCUUGCACGAGGCUUGACGCGCAUUGUCGAAGCGCGGUCUACCUUGGCCAGCUUGAAAAGCACCAUCGAUGCCGGACGGUUGAGAGAGGCAGAGACAAGCAUACAGCAUGCAAGCUUGCUAUUCCGUCAGGCAGCAUCAGACGAGCACGAGACAGUCUGGAUCCAGCAGACCAUGCAAUGGGAGGAAAAUCUAUCAUCAUAUCGAGAGAUGGAUGCUUUGCUCACGCAGAGUCUCGUGGAUGCCUUCCAUGGCGCGGCUCAUGUCGAAGGCGCCAAAAAAUCGGGUACGGCCUCUCUUACUGUGAGAGAGGUCGUUCCAGGCUCACAGGCGCCAAACGCCGAGCCCAUCGCCCUUGUCGACGUCCUUGAGACCCUCGCUAAACGGACAGCGCUCGAAGCACACCUGACCAAGCUAGCUCGGCGCAUCAUCGAAGGCAUCGUCGAGCCUUUCCUCAUUCGUCAGCCCGUCGGUAAUAGCAAAAGCGGCGCGAUGCCUCGUUUGGUACAGACUGGUGAAUCGACAAUCGACCUAUCAAGUGGUAGCGCGACCUCUAGACUGGCGGUGCUAGACGAUGUCGCGAUGCUUCUCGCCUUCCUUCGGCAACGCUUCGGUAUUGCGACGGACGCUUUCGCGCUCUUUGCUGCAGCACUCAUGUCUCUGCUACUGCCGCUAUUGAUUGAUAAGCAUUUAGAAGCGCAAUUGCCGUCUUCGUUCGAUGGACUCGUUGACUACAGAGCCCUCUUGGACCGAGCAAGGUUGUUCGAAACCGAGCUCUCUUCGACGGGGUAUCUAGUCAGCACCGAAGAUCGCGUUCUGUCGCGAUGGGCAGAUCAAGCAGGAGUCUCAUGGACUCGCAAGAUUGCUCGCCAGGCCCUCGAGCAGGUCCGCCGUGACGUCAUGUCGAGCGACUGGGAGGCCAGCAUGGUCGACUGGACCGUCAUCGAUCCUCCAGUUGAGGCAAUCUCUACUAAGCCUGCGGACGAUUCUCCAGUGCCAUCGACCGAAACCGUCUUUCCGCCUGUCCGACAGCUGUCGGUCGAGCCGGCCGAUCGAAGCCAGACAGUCACGCCCAGCAAAGCCACGGGGCGACUCGGGGCCUCACGACUCACUCGCAACGGCGUAUCGCCCAGCGCACCUCGGUCGCUAUCCCGGACACCAGAGCCUGUGCCUCCUCCAGCACCGGCUCAAGCUGAUCAGGAUGAAGACGAUGAUGCUUGGGAUUUCGACGAGGCAUAUCUGCCCGAUCCGCCGUCAUUGCCGCCUCCUUCGCCAAUGCCAAGCGAGAGUGCCGGAUCAGAUGGUGCAUGGGGCUUUGACGACAGUGGGCCAGCUAGUCCCGCGCAAAGCAAGGCGUCAGCACUGUCUUCUGCCCGCAUGCUCGAGCAGGACACAGUAGUACCACAGGUCGCAAAUGGCACGAGCCAAGACGACGAGACAGGAGACGCCUGGGGCUGGGAUGAUGACAAAGAGCUCACACUGCCUUCGCCGGCCUCAUCGCGACAUAGCAAGCGCUCCGCAAAUUCGCAUCUUGUCGUCCAGCCUUCUGCAGCUGUGCCUACUUCACAUCAGGAGAAGAUUGCAAUUUCGACGAAAUCGGAACGAUUGAUCGAGCUCGUAAAGUCGGUUAUAAGAGAAGGACAGUCGACUUGUCGCUUCUCGACGGCGGAGCUUGGCAUGUCGAUCGAUGUUGCCAGCUUCGUCUCGUCGGGUCUUGAUCUGCUCGAUGUCUUUAGAGCUACCUUGCCGGUUCAUCACGCGAGAUCGAUCGAGUCCGUGCCGUCUCUUGGCAUGCAAUUCGCCAACGACUGUCAGUGGCUUGCGAAGGAGAUCGACGAGCUGCGUACUGCGGCAAAAUCGUGGGACAUCACCGCUAGCGUUCUUGCCGAUAUGCAGAUUGUGCAGGAGUCAUACGAACGGGUUCAUCGAGACGCCUUGACCGGACAGGCUGAUCUGCAAAAGGCUCUCAUCAUGUCGAUGCUCGACGAAACAGAUCAUCUCAGGAAUACGUCCGACGACGAGCACAACGAGGCGUGCGAGCGGGCGCUGAAGCAGAUUGUGUUCACGCUUAAGCGUCUCUCGCAAGCCUGGAAGCCGAUGAUGGUUCAGCUGGUCUAUCAGACUCUGAUGGGCACACUGAUCAAUGAUGUGCUGCUGCGCGUGCUAAGCGAUAUCGAGAACCUGGCCGACAUUGCGGCAGAGGAAUCGUCGAGGCUCAAUGCGCUCUGCAAGAUCUUGCAUACGUUCGAAGAGAUCUACUACAACCCAGCGAACGAGCAAUCGACGAUCUCAUUGUUCGUGCCGGUCUGGUUCAAGUUCAACUUUCUGUCGGAGCUACUCGAGGCAUCUAUGGUCGACAUUAUGUUCUUGCAUCAAGAGGGUCACCUCGUCGACUUUUCGAAGCAAGAACUAGUUGCACUCGUGCGAGCGCUGUUCUCCGAGAGUCCGACGCGGCAGAAGAACAUCGAAGCGAUUCUCGCGGCCGGCUGA